AUGGCUGACACUGUCUUCCCCGAAGUCCUCUGGGCCCAGCGAUCCUCCGUCGCCGACCCCGCCAAGAACUUCAUCUACCUGACCCUCACGGUCCCCGACGUGCCCAAGGAUGGCCUCACCCUCGACCUCAAGCCCACCAGCCUCAACUUCACCGGCACCUCAUCCACUCUCAAGAGGAAGUACCACGUCGAGCUCGAGUUUUGGGGCGAGAUCGACCCCGCCGAGAGCAAGAUCAACCACACUGCCAAGAACAUUGAGAUCAAGCUUCACAAGAAGGAGCUCAAGGAGGAGUACUGGCCUCGGUUGCUCAAGGAAUCCAAGCGUGUUCACUUCCUCAAGACCGACUUUGACAAGUGGGUCGACGAGGAUGAGCAGAACGAGGCUCCCGAGGACGACUUCUCUCAGUUUGGCGGCAUGAACGGCAUGCCCGGUAUGGGCGACAUGGGUGGUGACUUUGGCGGCAUCGACUUCUCCAAGCUCGGAGGCGGUGCUGGUUUCCCCGGUGCUGAGGGAGCAGGCGACGACGAUGAGGGUGACGAUGAUGACGACGAGGACAUGCCCGCUCUUGAGGGCGACGACAAGAAGGAGGCUGACAAGCCCGCUGCUGCCGCCGCUGCCCCUGCGGCCACCGAGAAGAAGGACUAA